AUGGAAGAAAAUAAGACAAUUGGGAUUAUUCCAGCGUUUGACACUGAGUUGUCGCUUGCGAAUCUGAGACGAGAAAUUGAAGAAGAUGUUGAAAUAGGGGAGUUCGAUUUUUAUAGGCAAGAAACAGGCCAGCAAAUUAAUACACAGGAUGAGGAUGCCACCAACGUUGUUUCCGUAGCAAAGCUUGCAGAUGAAGUUCCCAUUAUCAAUAUUAUCAAGAGAUUAUCAAACCCAUUUAAAUCAUGUGGUGAAAGUACGCCCAAAACCGAUCGUACAAGCAAAAAUGAAAGCGUAUCUGAGUCAUCUAUGUCAACUGGCGGCGCGUCGUUUCAAAAGGCAGUCUCCACAAGCACGUGCUUCCUUUGGUCGCCAACAUCGUGGGAAAUUUGA